GAAAUUUACCUGCUCACAGACAAUUUUAACAGGUCUAAAGCUUCAACAUUUUGACACUCAGUGUCCAGUGUUAUUAAAUAGUUCUGGUCUGACCAAAAUAUUGUCUGAUCCCCCCAUAAUUUCCCACAACUGUGAACAUUUUAAUUGCAAUGAAAUGCUUAAAACCCAGAUUGUUGUGCCGCUGUGAAAGUUUAAAUCAAUAAAUAUAAAAAUUGCUUAAAAUAAAGUUUAUCUGUCAAAAUUAUAUAUUAUAAACAAAAUUCUGCCCAGCCUGACUAUCACUCCUGACACCCAGCUCCUGCUCCUGCAGGCUCAUCCUCACAGGGGGCUGUCUCAGUGACCCUCCCCACCAGCUCAGGGGCUGAUUACAGGCCAGGAGCCCUUCGGGGUUUUAAUUACAGGCUGAUUUCACUGAAAGUUCCCUGUCACCGGUGUGAUUGUACAUUUUUACACUAAAGCCUCCAAGGGUGAAGUUGGUUGGGUCCUUCCCGCUCAGCAAACAGCCUGAGGCAUUUUCAGGCAAGGAACCACCCCCUUGCUGCUGCAGGCGGGGCACAGUUUGAAUUCAGGAAUUUGAAACAAAGCCUGUUACAAACUGCCCAGAGGGAGCCAUGGCUGCAGAGAGCCCCCUGGAAAGUCUCCAGGAGGAAGCGAGAUGUCCCGUCUGUCUGGAGUAUUUCACAGAACCUGUCACUCUGGAGUGUGGGCACAAUUUCUGCCGAGCCUGCAUCAGCCAGUGCUGGGAGGGAUCCGAUACAGCCGCCUCCUGCCCUCAGUGCAGAGAAACUGUGCAACAGGGAAACCUCAGGCCCAACAGGCAGCUGGCAAAUGUCGUAGAACUCGUCAAGCGGCUGAGUUUACAGGCAGCAAAGGGAGCAGGAGGGGAUGGGGUGUGUGGGGAACACCAAGAGGCUCUGAAACUGUUCUGUGAAGAGGAUCAAACCCCCAUCUGUGUGGUGUGCGACAGAUCCCGGGCUCACCGCGCUCACAGGGUGCUUCCCAUACAGGAGGCUGCCCAGGAGUACAAGGAAAGAAUCCAGGCCCAUUUGAAGACUCUGAGGGAAGAGAGAGAAAAGCUGCUGGGAUUGAAAGUGACUGGAGAGAGGAAUAGCCAGGAGUAUCUGAAACAAACACAAACCGAGAGGCAGAAGAUUGUGUCUGAAUUUCAGCAACUGCAGCAGUUCCUGGAGGAACAAGAGAGACUCUUGCUGGCCCAUCUGGAAAAGCUGGAUGAGGAGAUUGUGAGGAUCCAGAAUGAAAAUAUCAGUAAAUUCUCCGAGCAGAUUUCCCAUCUCAGUGAGCUGAUCAGUGAGAUGGAGGGGAAUUGUCAGAAGCCAGCAAGUGAAUUCCUGCAGGAUGUCAAAAGCACCUUGAGCAGGUGUGAAAAGAGGAAGUUCCAGCAGCCAGAGGAAAUUUCUCCUGAACUGGAAGAGCAAGUCAGUGGUUUUUCCCAGAAAGCGAUUGCGCUAUUGGAGACUCUGCGGAAGUUCAAAGACACUCUGCCAUCUGCACUGGAGACAAAAAGAGGAGGAUCCCUAGGAACAUUCAGACAAGUGAAUGUGACUCUGGAUCCAGACACGGCUCAUCCUGAACUCGUCCUGUCUGAGGAUCGGAAAAGUGUGAGACGGGAAGACACAGAGCAGGAUCUGCCCAACAACCCUGAGAGAUUUGACUUAUGGGGCUGUGUGCUGGGCUGUGAGGGAUUCACCUCGGGGAGACAUUGCUGGGAGGUGGAGGUGGGGGCCGGGCAAUACUGGGCUGUGGGGGUGGCCAGCGUGUCUGUGGGGAGGAAGGGAGAGAUCAGCCGUAGCCCUGAGGGGGGGAUCUGGGCUGUGGAGUGCUGGGGGGGUCAGUUCCAGGCUCUCACCUCCCCUGUGACCCCCCUGCCCCUGAGCCGGGUCCCCAGCAGGAUCCAGGUUUGUCUGGACUGUGACCGGGGGCAGGUGACAUUUAUCGGUGCUGGUGACGAGGCCCCGAUCUUCACUUUCCCGCCGGGCUCCGUCCCUAGGGAGAGAAUCCGACCCUGGCUCUGGGUGGGGGGAUCCCAGCUCAGACUGUGUCCCUGAGACACAUGGCAGAGGGGGGAACCGGAAAUCAGCCCCUCUAGCCUCAUGGACCCCAGUCUCUAUGACCUUGGAGGACUCCUGUUUACCCAGCCCCUUUCUCAUCUCUGUGAGGUGUAGAAGCCCCCCACUAUUCCUGCAGCCCCAGGGAUGGGAGAGGGAGGGGGGAAGAACCCCUGGGGCUGCAGGAGGAGCAGAGGGGCCCUGAGGGGCAGAGG